UCAAGCGGGCGCGGUACACAAGUUGAAAGAAACACCGAGGGGUUUUAUUUCGUUUCUCUGUGUGUGUGUAAAAUCUAAUCUCUCAUCACCAAACCCAAAAAUGUUCGGCACUCCGUCGUCGACGCCGGGUUUUGGAACUCCGUCGUCGACACCGGCUUUUGGCACUCCGUCCUUGACGCCGGCUUUCGGAGCGUCGGCCUCUACUCCAGCCUUCGGCACUCCGUCGUCGACACCAGCCUUCGGCACUCCGUCCUCCACUCCGGCGUUCGGCACUCCGUCAUCCGUUCGGGCGUUCGGAACUCCGUCAUCCACUCCGGCGUUCGGAACUCCGUCGACGCCUUCUUUUGCCACCGGCGGCUUCGGCUCCUUGCUCUCCACUCCAUUUUCUUUGCAGACUCAUCAACAGCAGCAGCAGCCGCAGCAGACCUCAUUGUUUCAGCAGCUGCCGUCCACCGGUGGUUUUGGCUUUCCGACUUCGCUCGCAACGGUGCCUCAGAUUUCUCCCUUCCCUACUUCGCAACUCACAACUCAAAUGGCUCCUGUCGCUCCUAUUCCUUUCUCUCUCGCCGAUCGCGAUAUUCAAGCGAUUGUUGAGGCUUACAAGGAAGAUCCUGGAAACCCUAAAUAUGCCUUCAAGCAUUUGUUGUUCAGUGUAACUGAUCCGCAGUUUAGGGUGAAGCCGGCUGGUGUAUCAGAUAUCAUGUGGGCAGAGGCUAUGGGGAAGCUUGAGGGUAUGGAAAGUACGGACAGAGAACGUUUAUGGCCUCAGCUUGUUCAUGGUUUUAAGGAUCUUUCACAGCGUUUAAAGCUCCAAGAUGAAGUUUUUCUUUCAGAUUCUGAGAGAUUGAGAAUGACCCAAAGCAAUGUGAAGAUGCUUCAAAGGCACUUUCAGGCAGACACUGUACCACGGAUUGAAAGAAUGAGACAGAAAGAGCAAGGUCUUCAACGGCGCCUUUUAAGGGUAAUGAAAAUACUGGAGGCACUAGAGGGAAAGGGUUGCCGACUACCCUUAAUGAAAGGAGAAGCUGAACUGGCCGAGAAAUUAGCUUCAGUCACUAGACAGUUGAAAGGAUCUGGUGCUGAGCUUUCUAGAAGGGUACAAAACUUGCUCACGAUAUCCCGUGUUCAAGCGAAUUCUAUUGUUGGUGGUGGUUCUCUUUAUCUUCCUGGAUCAACCAAAAUACAUGAACAGAGUCUUGCUGAUAUGCAAGAGGUCUUACAACAGCAGACGGAGGCAAUUGCAAGACUCGGGAAUGUUUUGAAGCGAGAUAUCAGGGACAUGGAGAUUAUGAUGGCUGAAGACAGAAAUGACUGAUGAUGUAAGCUAAAAGACUAACUUCCAUCAUCACCACUUCCUUUUUGUGUUUUGAGUUCGACUUUGAUAGGAGAUAAUUGUUUUUAUAGCGGAAUUGUUUUGUGCUGGCUCUACAUCUACAGCAGUGCGUGCUGGAACGCUCAUCUUUUGUUUUUUGUUUUGUUUUUUAUUUUUGCUUUUAAGAUCACAAGAUUCACAACUCUACUCGUGUAGAAACUAGAAUUGUUAGAGCACAGAUACAAGCAACUGUUGGUGGACUAAGUAGCCAUGGGCUGGGCUGAGAGCGGUAUCAUGAGGCCUCGCAGAGUAGCUUCAAUGUAUUUGGAUGCAUUUCCAACGUAAAAAAUUUCACUCUUUUAAACGUGUAAUUUUUAAGAAAUUUUUUGACCUUUUUCUUAGAUACGGAAUCGGCCUGGUAAAUAAUUCCAUAAAAAUUAAGGCAAGACGCCUGAUUUCUAAAAAAACCGAAAGAAAAAAAAAGAGAUAAGAAAAAAAAAGGGAAGAGGAGAAAUACCCCUAGUAUCCUUUCGAUGUUUGGCUUACAAAUAUUUGCUCAUUGAUUUCUAGUAAAUAUAUUAAUUAAAAGAAUAUUAAUCUGAGCGUAAAAAUUUAGAUCUAUAGUGAGGGUAAGAAAAAGAAUUGUGGCCCAUUCUAUCCUCCAGAAGUCCAAUAAGAGCCUACAUUUGGUUUGUAAAGCCUCGUAUAUCGACCUUGUUUCUCGCUAUGCGUCACAU